AUUUACUCAAUGUACUUGUAAGUUUAUGUUUUCAAUAUCUAACAUCCUGGUUUAUUGAUUUUAUUAUUUCCAAAGUUAUUUGUAGGAUACUCAGAAAACAUAAUGGAUGAGCUAGCAUUUCUGUCCGAAACGGUAUUGGGAAGAGGAGGAGAAGUAUUAGUACUCCGAGGCACCAUCCGACUAAUGGGUAGCGUGGUAAAGCUGCCUAUUUUCGAUGACGAUGAGGUACAUCUUCAGCUGGCUGGUAAAUGGAAGCCACAAGGUAAUCCUCCUCCAGCUCUGAAGCACUUUGCAUAUAAUCACUGAAAUCGACAGUGUCAUCCGUAGUCUGCCUUCUCUAGGUGCAGAUAAAUUCUCCCAGAGCACCUGCAGUACUGAAGCCAUGUAGAAUGAAGAUCCCGAUCAUAGUGCUGGAGCAACACGCAAGCCGAGAGCAUGCAUGAUGCAAAAUCAUGUGGCAAUCAUGUACAUGCCAUGUCACUGUAUUGGACCACCAUUUCUACUUCCGGAUUCUCUCAAUGACUUUGCAGAUGCCUACAAGGUCUAACUUUGGCACAGCACACACACGUUGUCUUCUGUCAAAUAUGUUGACGAAGGCGCCUGAGAGAAGAUAAGACAACAUACAUACAAAAGGAAAGUUACCAUGAGAUUCUCUCUGUUUCGAGCGUACAAGCUCUCUCAUUGUGUGAGCUUGUCACGGAAUUGAUGAAUACCAUUUCCCAGUAAUUUCAGGCAUAUAUUUGAACAAUUAUUCGUCAUAUGGUAGAUA